AGGUUGAAGUCGAAACUUGAGGUCAUAUCUACUCAACUAAACAUUGAAGAGUUCAUUUUGGAAAGACUUGUACGGAGAUUCUUCUUCUUCUGCCUCCUCCAUUUCUUCUCUCUUUCAUGGCUAUGUUCAAAACCUUAGAAUAACAGUCGCCACACUUUCCUCUCUCACAUCGGGUUGCUUGCAGUGAAGGAGAAAAGGUUUUAUAGGAUGAUAUGAAGAAGGCAACAAUGAGAUUAUAGCUAAGAAGAUGAUUGAAAGUUCAAGUAGAGGUUAUGAAGGGAACCAACAACAAGAGGGUGAAUUCAUUAAAAUUGAGAAGUUAUCCAAGGCACCCUCGACCUCAAGACAAUGGUCAGCGUUCAGAAAUCCAAGAAUUGUGCGUGUCUCACGUUCUAUGGGAGGAAAAGAUAGGCACAGCAAGGUUUGCACCAUUAGGGGACUUAGGGACAGGAGGAUUAGGUUGUCUGUACCCACAGCAAUUCAGUUAUAUGAUCUUCAAGAUAGGCUUGGACUCAACCAACCUAGCAAGGUGGUAGAUUGGUUGCUUGAAGCCACCAAAUCUGAUAUUGAUAAGCUUCCACCACUUCAAAUUCCUCAUUAUUUUGCUCAAUUUCAUCAGCAAAACCUAUUGCCAGGUACAUCUCAUCAGUUUUCUCUUGGAGGCUUCUAUGAUGCUGCAAAUUCCACAUUUAUAAAGGAUGGGGGAAAUCAAAACCACAUGGCAAAGUAUUGGGAUAUUGAUUCACUAAAAGGCAAGGAAUUAGCUGAAAGUGCGUCCAUCUCCCAAAGAGGAAAGUGCUGGAUCAAAACAAAUGAACAAGAAAAUCAAGAUGGAGUUGGUGCCGGUACUCAUAAUAGAGAAGAGUCAGCACAGAGGUUCUUCCCCAUUGGAACUAACUCUUCUUUACCUGGUUUGUUAAACAAUGCCAUGACAUAUAACUCCUACCACCAUUCAGAGCCUUCAACUCUAUCUUUAUCCCAAUUUGGAAGCCAUGGAUUAUUUCCUUCUUAUCCAAACAGUGGCAGUGGUGUGCAAUUUUCAUCUUCUAGCUUGUCUGUACCAUCUGGUUCCCAGUUACUUUUUUGCCCACCAUCUGCUACACCAUCGGCUUUUUACUCAGUGGAAAGUGAUCCAAGACAGUCCAACAAUAAUAUUCAGAUCUCGAACUCAAGUUCCCAAAUCAUGAUGCCUCAUCCUCUCAUUCAAUCUCUUCAUUCAAUCAAUUCACCUCUAAGACUCCUUCCAACACCGUUUAGUUCCAAGCUUCUUGAUUCUGAUACUAAUAAUCGUAGCCCACCAGGUAAGGGUAGUACUCGUUCUUGAAGCUCCUCAUCAUGCAAACGCUUCAUCGGUGGUUUUCUUCAUAUCAAUCAAUCAAGACGCUAAAGCACAUAGUUUAAAAUUUCCACACUCAGCCGUGAAGGUGAUUUACCUUUGUAAGUAUGGCAAUGCUAUACAAUUACUAUACUAAUGUUUGAAUUAAUCCCUGUGGUUGCAAUACCUUGUUGACUAACCAUUAUGAGUACGAGGUAUAAUAAAAACAUUCAUAAGUUAUG